CGAUCUACAUGGUCUGACUCCCAGCCAAUCAGGACAGGACCAAUAUGUUUCCCACUCUGAAAGUAAUCAGGCUCCUCUAACGGAUCUUUAAUCUACACUCACAGAUAAAACGACCGCACCAACAUUACCUGCAUUACAAGCAUCACCUGUGAGAGAAAGAAUAACCAAAGUGUGUGUGCGACAUCAUGUCUGUGGUCACAAUCUUGUGCUGUUUGCUGUUAACGUUUCACCUCACUGAGGGGAAGAAAAUCAAAGGAAACAUUACAGUGGACACAGAGCAGAGGGUAGUCCUCGGGGUGAAAGAGCCGUACAUCAGCAGUUCUGUCUUCAGCAUGUUUUCAGAGGGUGAGGAAAACUGCAAACUGGACCCUCUGCAGCUGCACACACUCACCUCCUGUGGCUUCAACAGCAGUAAUCCCCUCAUCAUCAUCACUCACGGGUGGUCGAUGGACGGUAUGAUGGAGAGCUGGGUGCUCCGCUUAGCCACAACCCUGAAGACAAAUCUAAUAGAUGUCAACGUGGUGAUUACCGACUGGCUGUCUCUGGCUCACAAUCACUACCCCAUAGCUGUACAAAGCACCCGCACUGUUGGAAAAGACAUAGCUCACCUGCUGAUGUCACUUCAGGAACACUACCAGUACCCAGUUAGAUUGGUUCAUUUGAUUGGCUAUAGUCUUGGCGCUCACAUCUCUGGAUUUGCUGGAAGCUAUCUGGAAGGCUCGGAGAAAAUCGGAAGAAUUACAGGUCUGGAUCCGGCGGGGCCGCUGUUUGAAGGCAUGUCCCCCACAGACAGACUGUCUCCUGAUGAUGCUGAAUUUGUCGAUGCCAUCCACACCUUCACUCAGCAACGUUUGGGCCUCAGUGUGGGCAUCAAGCAAGCUGUAGCACAUUAUGACUUUUACCCCAAUGGAGGAGACUUCCAACCAGGAUGUAACCUGCACAACAUUUAUGAGCACAUAAGCCAAUACGGGAUGCAAGCUUUUCAGCAGACAGUGAAAUGUGCUCAUGAGCGCUCUGUCCAUCUGUUCAUCGACUCUGUGCUGAAUAAAGACAAGCAGAGCAUGGCCUACAGGUGCAGCGACAAAAGUGCCUUUAACAAAGGUGUGUGUCUGGACUGUCGGAAGAAUCGCUGCAACACGCUCGGCUACGACAUCAAGCGGGUUCACAGUGGCAAAAGCAAGAGGCUCUACCUGAACACACGCUCUCAGAUGCCUUACAAACUCUUUCAUUACCAGUUCAGGAUCCAGAUUGUCAGCCAGAUGGAGAGGAUUGAGCCCGCCUUCACCAUCUCCCUAACUGGAACAAAGGAGGAGAGUGGAGUCCUCCCCAUCACUGUCACCGAAAAGAUUUCAGGUAAUAAGACCUAUACUUUCCUGAUCACACUGGACAGAGACUUGGGGGAUCUGAUGUUCCUCAAUUUGCACUGGGAGGGUUCAGCUCGGUGGAAGAACGUGUGGAACCGAAUGCAGAAAAUCCUUGGCUGGGGUGGCCAGCAGAGUAAAGCACAGCUGACAGUGGGCAGGAUCAGCGUCAAAGCAGGCGAGACGCAGGAGAGGACAUCUUUUUGUCCCAUGUCAGAUGAUGGAUGGCAUAUUGAAGAGUUGCAGGAUAAAGUGUUUGUGCGUUGUAAAGAAGAUAAACCAAACAAGCGCAGAAGAAAGCAACAUUAAUACACUUUAGUGGGAUCCUUGAUGUAUUCAGCUGACUGAGGGUCGAGGAUGGAAGUUCACAACAGGAUGCAACUCGUUAAACUCCUCAAAGUGAGGCAGAUUUGGGGAGUAAAUUAGAAAUCAUUACCUGAAGAUGUGCCUCUAAAUAAAAAGUGUUGAAGUUUAAGAGAAUUCUGUGAGGCUAUAGAACAACUACCAAUUUUAAACUGUAUUUACAAUUUACACAAAUAUGUUUAAGUUUAAUUAUGUGAUACAAUUGGUAAUACAAGUAUUACACGGUGUAUUUUAAGAACCUGCCCACAUUUACGUUUCUGUCCUCAUACAAAUGUUUUUCAAGUGUAUGAGGAAUUGGAAUUUUGCCAAUUCAAAUAUUAAGCGAACAGUGAACACAGAGCCGGGCGUUCAACAACCUUUUGAUGACGUUAAUUCCAAAGUAUAUUGAUAUAUUUUUUUCUGUGUGUGUCUUAUGCCACUUUUAUGCCAUUUAAAAACCUACUUUAAGUCUUGCCAAUAACAUCGUAUGAAAACAUGUUAAUCAAACUCAAACCAGAGCAAUAAAUAUGAACUCUUUCUUUUCU